AUGCCCGCCGCCCUCUCGUCCGCCACGCUGGGCUACCCGCGCGUGGGGCGCAACCGCGAGAUGAAGAAGGCCCUCGAGUCGCACUGGGGCGCCCAGUCCACGGCCGCGGACCUGCACGCCGUCUCGGAAGCCGUCCUCGUCGACUCGCUGCGCGCGCAGCACGCGGCCGGCGUCGCUCGCAUCGCCGUCGGCGACCACACCCUGUACGACCCCGUGCUGGACUGGACCCGCCGCCUGGGCUGCGUCCCGCCGCGCUUCGCCCACCUCCCCGCCCUCGACCGCUACUUCGCCAUGGCCCGCGGCGUCGACGACGCCCCCGCGCUCGACCUCUCCAAGUUCUUCGGCACCAACUACCACUACCUCGUCCCCGAGAUCGACGCGGCUGCGGCUCCCCGCCCGGAUUUUGCUGAUUUUCUCGACAUGAUCCGCCUCGCACAGGACACCGUCGGGAACCACCCCGUCGUCCCGCUCGUCCUCGGGCCUGUCACGUACGUCCACCUGGCUAAGCUGGAGGGCGUCGAAGCGAAGGACGUCUUGGCCAAGCUGCUCCCUGUCUACGCCCAGCUGCUCGCCGAGCUCAAGGCCAUGGGCGUCAAGGAAGUCAUGAUGCAGGAGCCGGCCCUCGUUCUCACGGAGGCCGCCGAGAUGAAGGACCUGUACCAGACCGCGUACAAGGCCCUCGCCGAGCCGCGCCUGCCUCUGCACGUCGUCACCUUCUUCGACUCGGUUGACCCUGCCGUCCUGUCCUGGGUAGUCGCGCUUCCGGGCAUCAAUGGCCUCUCACUCGACUUCACUCGAGGCAACAACUUGGCUGCGCUCAAGGAGAUGACGUGGCCGAACAGCCUUAGGUUGGGCGCUGGCGUCGUCGAUGGACGCUCCGUGUGGACCGAUGCCGAUACUGCCCCGCCCAUGCUCGCCGCCAUUCGAGAGGCCGUGGGGGAUGGCGUCGAGAUCUCGGUACAGCCGAGCUGCUCGUUGCAUUAUGUGCCUAUCGAUGUCGAAUGCGAGACCGACAUCCCCAAGGAGAUCAGGAGCAGGCUCAGUUUUGCCGUCCAAAAGCUCGAUACCGUCGUCGCUUUGGCCAAGCAGCCUGCGGGUAGCGGUGCCAAGGGCGCCCAGAUGGACCAGAUCGUCCAGGAUGCCAUCACGGAUGCGCUCGAUGAGGAGUUGUUUGUUCGCGAGCCCAAAUUUGAGAGGCGGCGCCCACAACAGUUUUCCGUCCCCGGCGGGUUUGGCACCACCACCAUCGGUUCGUUCCCGCAAACCAAGGAGAUCCGCCGCGUCCGCACCCAGUUCAAGAAGGGCAAUCUCUCCGAGGUUGAGUACCACAGCAUGAUCGACAAGCAGAUCGGCUUUUGCAUUGGCGUGCAAGAGGCCUUGGGCUUGGACGUCUUUGUGCACGGCGAGUGCGAACGCUCGGACAUGGUCGAGUACUUUGGCGUCAAGCUUACGGGCUUUGCGUUUACCAAGAAUGGAUGGGUCCAGAGCUUUGGUUCGCGGUACGUCCGCCCGCCCAUUAUCACGGGUGACGUGUCCCGCACGGGCCCCAUGACCGUGCGCGAGUUCAAGAUUGCGCAAGGAAUGACUGAGAAGCCCGUCAAGGGCAUGCUCACGGGGGCGACCACGAUUCUCAACUGGUCGUUCCCGCGCAAGGACAUCUCACAUGAGAAGCAGGCCUACCAGAUCGGGCUGGCUCUUCGCGACGAGGUGGCCGACCUUGAGGCCGCCGGCUGCAAGAUCAUCCAGGUCGACGACCCCGCGCUUCGCGAGGGACUGCCGCUCAAGCACAAGGACUGGGCCGAGUACCUGCGCUGGGCCGUGCGCGCGUUCCGGCUCAGCACCUCGGGCGUGCAGGCGGCCACGCAGAUUGUGACGCAUCUGUGCUAUGCCGACUUUGAAGACAUCCUGCAGGCGAUUGACGACAUGCAGGCCGAUGUGCUGACGAUUGAAAACUCGCGCUCGGGUGAUGAGAUGCUGCGCGUGCUGGCCGAGUUUGGCUACGCACGCGACAUCGGCCCCGGCGUGUACGAUAUUCACUCGCCGGUUGUACCGGGCGUGGACGCGGUCGCUGAGCGUGUUGCUUUGUUCGGCAAGGUGGGGCUCGCGAGGGAGAGGGUGUGGGUCAACCCGGAUUGCGGGCUCAAGACGCGCAAAUGGGAGCAAGUGAUCCCGGCUCUCAAGAACAUGGUGGCCGCGGCCGAAAAGGCGCGUGCCAAGUAGGGUCGGUUAGGAUGUAAAGUUUCGCGGGAGAGCAAGUCAUAUUCCCACCCCCACCCAAGGGUAGGGGUUUUUUCCUUUUUGACUGAAGCCCGUAAAGACGUUUUGUAGGUUGUUACUUUAA